CUCAGGUAUGGAUACAAACGUUACUUGAGUUACCUGAUCAGGCGAAGAAAAUCGUCGCCUCAGACUGCAAUAAACUCCUCUGCUGUGCAGUCAGCUGUUGUUUCUGCAGGCCAAGGCGGCGAUCCUGUAGGACUCGCAGUUUGGCAGGCCGUGAGUGGGAUCCAUGUCAAUGCGCUCCGGUGUCAUCAGCAUUUUCUCCAGACCGGCGUCGUCUUCUUUCACCCUCCGUCGUCUCAUCAGCAGCCACGCCCAGCUGCGCACUCCCCCAUUCUGGGUCCGGCUGAGUUCGAACUCCGCCAUGGCUACCGGCCAGAGCACGGUGGAUGCUGGCGAUGUGUCCCAGGUCCCAGCGCCUCGGGCGAAUGGCCACAAGCAGCCCGGGAAGCGGCCGUUCCAGGGGCAUCACCGCGGGCCAGCUAAGCACAGGAGAAAGGAGAAGACCGCGCAGGAGGGGUCUCAUGACGAGGUGCUUCUCGCAGACGUGCAAGCCCUGCUCGCUUCUCAGAAGAUUGCCGACGAAGCUGAGAAUGGGGCCGCGGAGGAGGCUGUCGCCCUGCCCGAGGAGGGCUCCGAGAUUGAGCUCGAGGUCGUCGAGUUGUCGUCGACGGGGGAUGGGUUGGCCAAGCAGCGGGGGUCUGACCACAUCUAUGUCGUGCCGUUCUCCAUCCCCGGAGACACGGUCAAGGCCAAGGUGCACCGCCACAACCGGGACGACGGCUACACUGCCGCCGACUUCAUCUCGGUCGUCAAGCCGUCUCCCCUCCGCGACGACGCCCGCAUCCAGUGCCGCUACUUCGCCAAGUGCUCCGGCUGCCAGUUCCAGAUGCUGGACUACGCCGAGCAGCUCAGGAUCAAGAGGAACAUCGUCGUCAAGGCCUACCGCAACUUCUCGCAGCUGCCGCCCGAGCUCGUGCCCGAGGUCCUCGACACCAUCGGCAGCCCGCUGCAGUACGGCUACCGCACCAAGCUCACGCCCCACUUCGACGGGCCCAAGGGCAAUCCGCGGCGGGGGCCCAAGAAGGCCCAUCAGGAGAUGCCGCCUUUCGGCUUCACGCCGAAAAACACGCGCCAGGUGAUGGACAUCGAGGACUGCCCGAUCGCCACGGAGGCGGUGCGCAAGGGGCUGGCCGACGAGCGCGCGCGCCUGGCCGUCGAAUACGGCAAGUACACCAAAGGAGCGACUAUUCUGCUCCGGGAGAGCACCAAGCGCGUGCCCAAGGCCUCUCCUACCGACACCACCGAACCGCCAGAGGGCACGCCCUCGACGGCGCUGCGCGUCGAGACCGACACGCACACCGACUUCAAGACGUGCAUCACCGACCAGAACGCCACCAGCACCGAGUACAUCGACUCGUUCGUCUUCACCAACCCGGCCGGCGCCUUCUUCCAGAACAACAACUCCAUCCUGUCCCCCUUCACCGCCUACAUCCGGUCGCACAUCCUCCCGCCGGCCGAUCCCAGUGCCGCCAAGCCGCCGAAAAAACCAAUCCGCUACCUGAUCGACGCCUACUCGGGCUCGGGCCUGUUCACCAUCACGCAGGCGGCGCUCUUCCCGGGCGGCAGCAUCGGCAUCGACAUCGCGGAGAAGUCGAUCGCGUUCGCGCGGCGCAACGCGGCGCUCAACGGCCUGCGCGAGGACCAGUGCCGCUUCAUCGCCGCCGACGCGCCGCAGCUGUUCCGCAGCGUCAGCGCCUACGACCCGGACGAGACCGUCGUCGUGCUCGACCCGCCCCGCAAGGGCUGCGACGCCGGCUUCCUGCGCCAGCUGCUGCGCUUCGCCCCGCGCCGCGUCGUCUACGUCAGCUGCAACGUGCACACGCAGGCGCGGGACGUCGGCGUGUUGGUCCGCGGGCUGGAGGGGGAAGGCGAAGGGGAAGGGGAAGGGAAAGGGCAGAAUGGUGGGGAGGGGGACAAAAAGGGAGGAGGGGCGAGGUACGAGAUUGAGAGUAUCAGGGGGUUUGACUUCUUCCCGCAAACGGGGCACGUGGAGGGCGUGGCGAUUUUGAAUCGGGUGGAUGCUUAAAGAGUAAAAGAGACAAAUAGACGAUGAGGUGCGCAGGCGCAGCUGCAUUAUAAGCUCUACCGUGGUGGUGAUAUCAAUUUCAAGGACUGUUCGAGAAGACUACAGCCCAGAAGGCAUGCCACCCAACACCCGCCCGUGCGUGUAAGGAAAGGGGUAUCGAUGGAUCUAGGUAUCUAUGUGAAAAAAAGAGAAGCAAGGCGCACUGGAUAAGAGGAACACUCCCAGGUCACACGGUUUUCUUCCCGACCCUCG